AUGGAGUGGUUAACGAGCGCUGAGAGCUUGAAUGCCCGUCAGGAGCUGGAGGCGUCCGUUCGUGAGCACCACCCUCACUUGCGUGAUGAGGAGGUCGACCUCAUUGUGGAUGGUCGUCUACUACGCAUGGUUCGGGAGCGCGCGGCGGAGCAAGCACCUGCGAGCAGCCAGCAAGGAGGAACAGGUGAAGGAGGAGCUAUGCAUGAGGCUCCUAGUGCUGUGGGCAUUGGUGGAGGAGCUCUUGCACCGACCAUUGACACGGGAAUAAUCGGCACGAGCUAUGGCCAAUUCAAGUUUGGAGUUGAGCACAUCUCGACCCAGUUAGACCAACUCAGGAAGGGAGACGAUGAGACAGCGGAAUCCUACUGCAAUAGGGCCCGCACCAUCCGAGCGGAGCUGCUGACCAUUGGACAGGAGGUCCACAUGGCCACGUUUGCUGCCCACGUGCUGAAGGGCCUACCACCGGACGAUGAAUCUGCUUUCUCGGGCGCUGUCAACACCAUCGUGGCUACAACGGGGGUCAACGAGAAGGAAGGAAAAGGGGGGAGGGAGCAGACGGACAAGAAGAAGGAUGGCAAGCGGGAGAAGAAGCGAGCCCCCUUCAAGGGGCGCUGCUACAACUGCAAUGAGGAGGGGCACAUGGCUGCCAAGUGCCCCAGCAAGAAGAAAGAUACAACGCCCGCGGCAGCCGCGAACGUAGCUGAAGGAGACGGGAAGGGCGUGGCGCUCACCGUCGCGUGUUCGGCGGCAAAGUUGCUGGCCAAGGACAAGGACUUGUGGUUCCUUGACUCAGGAUGCUCCCAACACAUGACCGGCCUCAAGGAGUGGUUCACGGUGAUCCGUGACCCAUCUGCAACGAAAUCAGUCAAAGAGUUUGAUGGUUCUAUGCAGGAAGUUGCCGGAAUGAAGGCCAACUUGGUCUCCCCUGGGCAGCUCUUGGACAAGGGAACAAAGCUGCAAACUGAGGAAGGUGUCACUCGCUUCAUCGCAUCAGGAGGUCAAGUGGCUGCAACAGCACGAUACCGCCAUCGCCUUCACUGCCUUGACCUGAAACCGGGGCCAACAAGGAACGGUGCAACGGCUGCAGCGGUAUGCAACGGCAUGGCGGCUGCAGCGGCAUGCAACGGCACGGCGGCUGCAGCGGCAUGCACCAACAUGGCGGGUGGAGCGGCGAGCAACAGCACAGAGGCUGCAGCGACAUGCAACGGCAUGGCGGCUGCAGCGGCAUGCAACGGCAGGGCAGCUGCGGCGUCAUGCAACGGCAGGGCGGCUGCGGCGUGGACAGCCACAAACAGUGGCAUGCUGGGCAUGGACCUAGAGAAAGGAGGGGAGGACACGUCGAGCGCCUCCUCCCAAGAAGCCAAACUCACUCGUCAAACGCUUCCGCUGCCUGACGAGCGAGAGGGGGAGGUUCUUGGGAUGGUCUAUGGCCCUGAGCAGAAUCAGCCGCCGUCACAUACCGUCAUCAUAAUCUCAGUGUCGUCCGUGCAAGGGGGCGAACAACCGUUUGAUCGUUCGGUUGACCCUACGGGCAGCAACGCAACCAUGGCUCCGCCAGCUCUCUGUCCAUCCUUAGCUGCUUGCUUGGCACCUGUGGGACCAGAGGUUGGUCCCUCUGCGGAUGAACGUCGUGCAGCUGAUGAAGACAAGGAAGGAGAGGCAACGGACCUGAAAUCGGCGACAACCCAUGGGAAGGACCCCAUACCCACGAUUCCGCCCCUCCAGCCCACUUCCCCACCCCCAUGUCAUUCUAGCAGGUCCAACAAGGGUAUGCCACCUGUUCGGCUUCCCGCAUCCACCAUGACAGCCUCGGAUGUGGUUGAUGGCAACAACAUGUACGGCAUUGCAUUCCUUGCUAGAGGUGCUUAUGGCACGGACAUCUACUAUGAUGUGGAGUACUUGGAUGAGGCUGAUGAGGAGGAAGGGGGAUUGAGGAGCAUCAUCAUCAAACUCGAAGUAACCUUGACUGGACCUGAAGGCAAGGUAGUGGACAAAGGUCUCCUCGUGGUGGAAUACAUGUCAUCCACGGAAGGCUAUCUUGGUCUGCAAAUUGUGCGCGACCACCCCAACAAGACACUCCUCCUGCACCAGAAUGCAUACGCGGCGAAGGUGCAACAGCGGUUCUUCAAGGGGGCGCCACUGAAGAAGCAGCCUAUCACUCCUCUCUCCUCUGCCAGCUUUGCCAAGCAGGAUGCCGGCCAGUUUGCCAAUCGACAGAUUCAGGACAGUUUCUGCUAA